CUUUUUUUCUUUUCUUUCUUUUCUCUUCUCUACCGCUCUUUUUUCCCACACAUUCACCACCACACAUCUCCCUCUUCUCCCCCCCCCUUUUCUGUACUCUCAGCAUCACCAUGGGUCUCCUCGAUAUCGUCCCCGCCGGCGUCAUCACCGGUGACAACGUCCGCAAGGUCUUUGCCUAUGCCUCCAAGCACGGCUUCGCCAUCCCCGCCAUCAACUGCACCUCGUCCUCAACCGUCAACGCCGCUCUUGAGGCUGCCCGCGAUUCCAAGUCGCCCAUCAUCAUCCAGUUCUCGAACGGUGGUGCUGCCUACUUUGCCGGCAAGGGUAUCUCCAACAAGAACGAGCAGGCCUCUAUCCUGGGAGCCGUUGCUGGUGCCCAUCACGUCCGCGCCGUUGCCAAGGCGUAUGGUAUCCCCGUCAUCCUGCACUCGGACCACUGCGCCAAGAAGCUGCUCCCAUGGUUCGAUGGCAUGCUCGCUGCCGAUGAGGAGUACUUUGCCAAGCAUGGCGAGCCUCUCUUCUCGUCCCACAUGCUUGAUCUCUCGGAGGAGAGCAAGGGAGAGAACAUCGAGACCUGUGUCAAGUAUCUCGAGCGCAUGGCCAAGAUCAACUGCCAUCUCGAGAUGGAGAUCGGUAUCACCGGAGGCGAGGAGGAUGGUGUCGACAAUUCGGAUGUCGACAAUGCCUCGCUCUACACCCAGCCCCAGGAUAUCCUCGAUAUCUUCAACGCCUUCUCCAAGAUCACCGACUUGUUCUCGAUCGCUGCUGCCUUCGGUAACGUCCACGGUGUGUAUGCUCCCGGCAACGUCAAGCUCCACCCCGAGCUUCUCGGCAAGCACCAGGCUUAUGUCAAGGAGCAGCUGAAGCUCGAGACCGACAAGCCCGUCUGGUUUGUCUUCCACGGAGGCUCUGGAUCGACCGAGAAGGACAUCCAGACCGCUGUCGGCUAUGGUGUCGUCAAGAUGAACGUUGACACUGAUACCCAGUGGGCUUACUGGGAGGGCAUCAAGAACUUCUACGAGAGCAAGAAGGGCUACCUCCAGGCCCAGGUCGGCAACCCCGAUGGUCCUAACAAGCCCAACAAGAAGUUCUACGAUCCCCGUGUCUGGGUCCGUGAGGGUGAGAAGACCAUGGUCGAGCGUGUCAAGGUCGCUUGCAAGGAUCUUAACAACGUCGAUCGUCUGUAAAUAUACAUCAUCUCUCCUUUCCUUCGCCAUUACUUUUUUUUUCCACCAUCGAAGCAUUCACCCCCUCUCUUGACCAAAAAUAUUGAAAUAUAAAUAAAGAACGAUCCUUAUUUGUUGUA